AUGAAGGACGAGGGCGCCGAGGCCGAGGCCGAGGCCCCCCUACAGCGGAUGCAGGGAAUGCAGCGGCACGGCGGGAGCGGCGCCGAGCAGCAGCGCGACGUGCAUCAGCAAGACAGCGAGGAGGAGUGGAUGUGGAACCGGCUCUGGGAGGAGGAGGAGCAGCAGCAGCAGGAGGUGAUGGUGGUGGCACCUGGGGUGGUGGGGGGUUGGUCCGAUGUCCGGAGGCGACUGGAGGCGGGGGGCUUCAGCACCGUGGCUUCUCUGGCCUCGCUCGACGAGUCACAGCUCGACCAGCUGGGCGUCGCCCACGGGCCGCCCCGUCAGCGCCUCCUCACCCACGCCCUCCUUCUGCGCCGCCUCGCCGCCUCCCUCCUCUCCUCCCUUCUGCCCCUCUCCUCUCCGGCCGUUCUCUCCCCUCCUAUUCCCUCGUCCUCGUCUUCUGGCCCGCCGCCCAUGGUGUCGUCGUCGUCGUCGUUCUUUUCGCCCCUUCCACCUCGGCGCACAAACCGAGGCCGCGACCAGCAGCAGCAGCACGAGGACGAUGAGCCCAGCGUUGGAGAAGAAAAGGACGCAGGUCAUCCCUCAAGCUCCCUGGCCCUUUUCGAGCUCAUGGGCUAUGGGGCGAGAAGGAUGCUGGCCGGCCUGGAGCGAAGUGGGGAGCUACCGGCGCGCACUACCACCCGCACCUCAGGCCACCCGGCGGCGGCGGCGGCGGCGGAAGGGACCCAUGACGCGGCGGCGGCGGCUGAGGAGGAGGAGGAGGACGACGACGACGCCCCAGGCCAUGGCGCGCAGCAGCAGCAGCGGGCGGCAGCGAUGGAAGAACUGCGGGCACGCCGCAUGAUCCUGCAGCGGGAGUUCAGCUUCCGCACCAUCAAGUCCCUGUGGCUCGAUGCCGAGGCCUGCGCCGCUCGCCACCGCCAGCAGCACGUGCAGCAGCAGCAACAGGAGCAGGAGCAGGAGCUUCUCGAGGCGAUCUCUGCCGCGCUUGGGCCAGGCCCAAGAGGUUCGUCACCGCGGCCAACGACUACCGCGGGCGCCCCGAGCGACGGGGAGGCCGGCGCACAUGGGCGGACAGACGGACAGCCACUGCCCCGCUUCAACAUCGCCGCCGCCGCCGCCGCCGUAGGAGGGAAUAAGGAAGAGGGGACGAGAGCAGCGGCAACCGGGGCACACCGGCGAAAGAAAAAGAAGCAGAAGCAGAAGGAGACGACAACGACGAAGACGACGACUGCAGGCGAGAGUGCGGAGAGCACCGAUCCCGGCAGUCAGACGACGACUACCACGACCCCAACGACGACGAAGGUGAUGCUCAAACCGGUCAAGACGAAGCUUCACAAGGCGCCCAAGAAGAGCCGGGCCGGCUCCGCCCCGUAUGGUGGCGGCGGCGCACCAAACGCGAGCGAGACACGAGGAGAUGCGAAAGAGGAGAACGGGGACGGGGACGGGGACGAGGAGGCGGAGGAGGAGGAGGAGGAAGACGGGGACGAGGCGGGAGAGGGGGAAGCGGCGAGCGUCAUGAUGGCGAGCUUCCUGGUGAUGAUCGACGAGGUGCUUGCUCUGUGCCGGCUCGUCCGCAACAGAGCCCCGGUCGAGGUCCUCGCUGACAAGGCCGCCUUUGUGGAAUUUAUGGCGCUCAAGAAGAGGCAGUUCUACUUCCACCCUCCUCCUCCUCCUCCUCCUGGCCACCACCACCACGGCGGCGGCGGCGGCGGAGGUCGUGGUUGUGGUCGGGCUGCCGCUGCCGAGGAGGACGAGAACGAGAAUGAGGACGAGAACGGAACAACGACCGGCCAGGAGGGAGGCGGGCAAGUGCCGGCUGACCAGCGCCAGGCGCGCUGCUGGCAAAGUGGAGGCGUUCACCUGCGCAGCCGAGGUGGCCGCGACGAUGACGAGCUGGUCCGCCCUGGCACCCAGCAGCAGCCAAGGCAGCAACGCCCGUCAUCGGCAACGACGGAUGCAGUAGUGGGCAUCGAGGAGGAGGAGGAGGAGGAGGCCAUCCCCGAGGAUGCCGGCGAUGCGAAGUUCCCCUAUCGCAAGCUCGUGCAGCGCAAGGACUCGAUGCGCGGACGAGGGCGGCUGCACGACAAGCGGUCCCGCUCUCUGGUCACCCUGGGCUCUGCCAUCCACCGUCGCCAGCACCAGCACCAGCACCAGCACCAGCACCAGCACCAGCACCAGCACCAGCACCAGCACCAGCACCAGCACCAGCACCAGCACGGGCACGGGCGAGCAGGCAGCAGCCACUCACAAGACGAGGACGUCAUGAAGUCUCUCUCGGUCGAGUACAACAUCCGGCCGAUGGACACUGUGGACACGCCCGUUUUCGGUCGGUCGGUGGUGCAGUACGGAGCUGGCGGCGAGCACUCGCACCGGAUGGCCCCGGAGAGCGGGGAGGUCAGCGCGAGCCUCGCCCUCCACGACAUUGACUGGGCAACGCACACCGAAGAAGGCCGCGUCGCGCGAGAGCUGGUCUACACCGAGUGGACCUACGAACGCGACCUUCGGCUCCUGUACGAGGAGCCGCUUCUCCGCCACUCCAAGGAGGAGGAGGGGGAGGAGGCGGGGGCGGGGGGCGCGAGGCUCACGUGGGACGAAGUGGGGCACAUCUUCUGCCACACGCGGCCCCUCCAGGGCUGCAGCGCCGCACUGCUGCAGGGCCUCGUCGCCGCCUGCCGCCUCCCGUCCCCCGCACGCAACGAUGCCAUCGGGCGCUGCUUCCUCGCACACAUGGCGACGCUCGAGACGGUGUACCGCAACCACUGCUCCCACUACCCACUCGUCGUACAGACGCUCAAACAGCUGACCACUGUGCGCCCCGGCUUUGCCGCCUUUCUCGAGGAGGUGCAGAUGCAGCCCAGCAGCCGGCGGCUCCGCCUACUCGACUUCCUCAUCAAGCCCAUGCAGCGGCUGUGUAAGUACCCGCUGCUCCUGGCCCAGUUGGCUGAGGCCGCUGGAGCGCCCGAGGAGAGCCUCCUCCGCCGGGCCCAUUCCAAGAUCGCGGAGGCGGUGUGCUCCAUCGACCAGGCGCAUCAGCUGGUGGGCCUGCAUGCGCUGACCGACCUCUACAAUCGCUUUGUCGGGGGACCCCCUCCCGAGCUCGUGGCCGUGGGCAGGCGGCUGGUGCGGGAGGGGGUGGUGCGGGUGCGGAAGAGGGACAGCAAGAGCAUCAAACGCUCCGAUCGGGUGCUCCUGCUCUUCAACGACGCCCUCGUCAUCGCCAAGGAGAAGAAGCGGGACAGGGAAGACGAGGCGCGCAGGGACAAGGACAACGGCGACGGCGACGCCCGGCGACGCAUGCUGCGCCUGAAGAGCUUUGUCCCGCUCAGUCUCUGCGUGGUGGCCAACGACUACCACAAACGGGGCUUCACCAUCCACCAGAGCAGAGACUCCGCCGGCGGCGAGAGCACCAGCCACCACCAGCACCUGCCAGCAGCGCAGCAGCAGCAGCAGGCCGAGGGGGACGCGGACCAACGCCGCCACCACCACCGACCUCACUCGCUGCUGGUGGUGCCUCCGACCGACCGGCUGGUCUUCCUCGUGAAGGAGACCGAGGAGAGGGACCAAUGGGUGGAGGACAUCCGAGCCUGCGCCCAGGCGUGCCAUCACCAGCAGGGCGGCGGCGGCGCGUGA